AUCGAGGUGCUGGGGCCCGACGAAGAAGCUCUCACCAUGCAAAUGUCUGCUGACUCUAUUCAGUCGUGACAAUGACGUCUCCGGAUGCUGAACCCCCUGCGUUGUUUAACGACCUAAAAUUCUUCUUGUCAGCUACCGUACCACAGCGGUCUUGGUGCGCGGACCUCAUCAAAAAUCAUGGCGGGAAGGUUGUGCCUCUGGAGAAAAACGCUGAUAUUCUCCUUGUUGAUCACAUGAAGAAGGACCUUCCCCCUGGCAGCUACUCAUUCAAGUUUAUUGAUCGCUGCCUACGAGCCGGGAAGCUUCUGGAUCUGGAGGAAUUCCGGGCCGGACCAGCACCUGGCAACGCCCGCCCAGUAGGAUCCGUAUCUAUACCCGCCAGAGGACACAGGGUGGGCUUUACCGCAGAAGAUGACCAAAUUCUCUACGAUUGGGUGAAGCCAAUUGAGAGGCAAGGCGGGCCAAUUAGGGGAAACAAGAUUUAUCAACAGCUCGAAGAAAAGCAUCCGCAGCAUACUUAUCAAUCGUGGCGAGACCGUUAUCUUAAGGUAGUGAAGGAUCGCCCACGACCGGUUACAAGAGAAGAUAACACGCGAACCGCAGAAUCUACUAUCCCUCCUGAGCCCGCAGGCUCCGAUGGGGAAAAUUCAGCGCCGAGAGCGCGGACGGAGCGGUCGGACUCGCAAUCCAUUGAACAAAUGUCCGCUCCAUUCCUGAGCUCCGAAGAAGAUGAGCUCCUUCGUUUCGCAUCCAAGAUUCUAGAGGUCGACCCAGCCCUAGAGAAUGACUUCUGGGCUGAGUUUGCCCAAGAUCACGAUCGUCAUACACCAAUCGAAUGGAAAAACUACUUCCAUACAUUUAUCCGUCCCAAGCAUAUUAUGAAAAUGAGGAUGACAAAGGGGGCUAUAAGGAAGUCGCCGUCCAUCUCACCAGCCAAAAGUGAUCAUCAACCACCCCAUUCCAAUGAAGAGAUAGCCCCACUAACAGAAACCAACAUCACUGCAUCCACAACGACAUCUCUAAAGCGGAUCAUCUCGGACGCCCAAGAUUCUGCAGAGGAGCAGUCAGCCGAGAGCGUCAUAAAACGGCGACGUACAAUAGGAAUGGAAACAGCCACGGUCUCACCGUCAGCGUCAACCUACGACAGGGUCGACGGGGCUAGAAGACGAGCCACCGACUAUAUCCGGGAGCCUUCCGUCCAUAUAUCAGCCCUUGGUGACAUUGUCCAAACUUCCCCAUCCCCUAUCGAACCAAUUCCUAUGGCCUCGGGCGCGUCGGCGCCUCUAGAAAUAAGUGAAAGCAUCUCACAGUCCAACGGGGAUUACGAAACAGCACCGCAAGAACAAUCCACCCAAGAUAUCUUUGCCAAUCUGCAGCAACAUGUGAACGACGUCAACAGCCUUCUCUAUCCAACGCUCCCACGCGUCUCGGAGGAGGAAGAGGAACAGUCCAAUUCCGAAGAAAUAACCGAAAAGGAGAAAGAAGAAAUCCAAGAGCUUGAUCAAUGGAUUGAAUCAAGGCUCCACACCGGAAGGGCCAAAGACAAAGGGCAGAUCAUCCAAGCUCUUUCGUGUACAUCCAUGAAUCCCUAUUUGGCUGAUAAGGUACUUGAUCAUCUGAACAAUGGCGAAGGCAUCCCGAACAAUAUUCCUGGAAUAUGGACGGAGGAAGAUGAUAGCCUUCAUGACUCAAGCGAUUCCAUCGACAUAAAGAAAUUAGAGGAGAAGCAUGGUACAGAAAAUUUCGAUAUUCGUGGGAAAUACCUGAAUACGGUGCGACAGCUCAUGUCAGAGGAAAAAGACCCAUAACCUUUAGCUGGUAUUUUGACGUUGGCAAGCGAAAUCCGUGUACAUACAUCCAUAAUCGAUAGCCCGUAUGGGUAUGUUUCUCGGCUUCGGUCCAAAGUAUGUGUUGCGAAAUAACACCCACGAAGGAAGGAGAAAGUUGACAAAGUCAUAAACGUCCUAUUCGCCUCAGGUUAAAAGGCUCAACUACAAAUACAAAAUCAUUGGCGAUGACUGCGUAAAACGAUACAAAACAAAAAUAUACGAAGGAUUUUACCUUCGUUUAACGCUCUCCCAUAACGAAUAUCAACCUUAAAUUUAGAAAGGAAAUAAACAUCCUGAAGUCGGGUUGCAAGCUGAUUAAAAGAAGAUGGGAAAGAUCGAAGCGAUAAAGCGACGAAGCGAAUCAAUCACGCCAAUAACACAAGCUUUCUGUCAGCUUCUUGCCAGGGGCCUAUGACAUCGCAAGGGAAAUUCCGGCCUUCACAACUGCUUUAGGUGCGGCGACACCGCGGGGGUACGGCUUGAGUGCCCCGACAGCCGAUGGCUUCGGCUUCAUCAUUCAAAGUCCUUAUGAAGUGAGACAUCUCGGGAUGGAAACAUAUCACCGUAUAAAGUUCAAUUGGCGUGGUUCGAACUCUAUUCAUCCCUGAAAACACUAAAGGACCCCGACGUUAGCAUGUCUUAUCAAGGAUCGCUCUUCAUCAAGAUUGGCAUACAGAUGAUUUUCGUAGAACUUCAACAUCUAACGGAUCUCCUGUCAGCGCAUCCUAUUUUAUAUAUAAGCCUUCAA